AAUCCAUUACAUUUUGGUAAUUUACCAUCUCCCCUUUCCUGUAUAAAAUCUCUGCUAAAGGAAGCGUUAGUUUUACGAGGAGCUAAGGACUUGUUUGGUGUUAUCUAUUUUGAAUUUCUGAUUUGUAGAAUCUGUGAGAAUGGCUGCUACUUCAUCUGAGGAAGGACAACUGAUCAGCUGCCACAAGGUUGAGGAGUGGAAAGAGCACCUCCAGAAGGGCGUGGAGACCCAAAAACUGGUGGUGGUGGAUUUUACUGCUUCCUGGUGCGGCCCUUGCCGUUUUAUUGCCCCAAUUCUUGCUGACAUUGCUAAGAAGAUGCCCCAUGUUAUAUUCCUCAAGGUUGAUGUUGAUGAACUGAAGACUGUUGCAGAGGAAUGGAAUGUGGAGGCAAUGCCAACUUUUGUCUUCAUUAAAGAGGGGAAAGAAGUGUCUAGGGUUGUUGGUGCCAAUAAAGAUGGAUUGCUUCAUGCCAUACAGGAGCAUGGUGCUGCUCCUGCUACUGUGAUAGCUUGAUCCUUAAUCAAGGAGAUGAUACUAUAGUAUUUAGUGUUGUCUUUUGUAAUAACUCUGGAUAGUUGUAUGUUUUAUUAUCCACCAUGUUUUUAUUGCUAUCUUGAAAGAUUGUGCUUGGAAUCUGAUAUUUGCGUAUAUGGUGUUUACUGGUGCAAGGCUAUAUGUCCAUUUCUAUCAAAAGGCUAUUUUCCCCUUUCUA